GCUUUAAGAGAUUACGAGGACAAACAAGAGACAUUUUUGUUGUAAAUAGCCCCUUUUCGCCACACAUGAAGGGGUAUUAAGAUGGAGAAGAUACAUUUUGGGUUAUUCCUCGUCCUGUUCGUAGGACAUGUGUACUGUAUGUCAGAGCCCAACAUAUACGACCCGCUAAUACAGUCCCAGCGUAUUAACAGAAGAGGGGUGCCAGAGUUUAGGGGGACCAUUGGGGAGGAUCAAACCACGGUCAAACUUGACUCAGUCCUACGGGCCUACGACAACGAUUCAACAGGCGGUGCCAAAUACAUCUGCGGCUAUGAUGUUAUUUCACGGAGGCGUGAUAUGCCAUUCGUGGUUGAUAUUAAGAACAGAGCAACAGGCGAGGCAGAGAUCAAUCUGAUUGAGGGAGCCCACUUAAACUUUGAAAAACGAGCUCGCUAUAGGUUUAGCAUCAUUGCCUAUGACUGUGGGACCCCUAGAAGGGAGUCAAAUAAGGCUAUCAUCUUCAUUCGUGUGAAGGAUGUUGACGAAUUCCCACCAAAGUUCAUCCAAGACAACUACUUUGUGGAGAUGGAUGAGGGACGAUUCUACGACUCGUUGGUGCGCGUCCGUGCCACGGAUAGUGAUCGCUCUCCUGAAUACCGCGGCAUUUGUGGUUAUGAGAUCCUCACAAACAAUGUUCCCUUUACCAUCGAUAGGCGAGGUAACCUGAGAAACACUGAACUGAUACACUAUAAACAGCAUCACAACUUUAUCCUGGAGCUGGUAGCUGUAGACUGUGGAGGAAAGCGCUCCAAGAAAGCUGUUAUCAACAUCAAGAUGAGAGAAGUGUGCAAAAGUGGAUGGCAAGAUAUCCCAGACCAUGUUAACUAUGAUGCUGGUAGUGGUCAGGUGAAAGUGGUUCCAGGGGCCACCCUCAAGUGGUGUGAUAACACCUGUGUCCCACAGAGGGUCAAGGUCAAAAUGCACUUAGCAACCAAACACAUUGGUAAAGGAUGUGACCGUGACACCUACUCCAUUGUCUCCCAGAGAAAGUUGUGUGGAGCCAAUGAUAACAGUGUUGAUCUGUUGCCAUCGCCAAGUCUGACGACAACCUACACUAGCACUCUUCACGUUGAUGAUGGCCAUGAGAGUGACCAGAUCUUCUACUUUGAUGGACAGACCAAUGCAGUUGAAGUACCCACAUCUCACUUCAACCACUCAUUGCACGAACAUUUUACCAUAUCUACAUGGAUGAAACACGAGUUCGAGGAUUGGACAGUCAGUCCUGAUGGUCGUCCUGAAAAAGAACAUAUUGUGUGCAUGUCUGAUGGCGAAGGUAUGAACCGUCACCAUUAUUCAUGGUUUGUCCAUGGUGAGAAGCUUGUGUUUCUCCUGCGCCGCGAGGCAGACGAUGAAGAGGACAUUGAAGUUUUCAAGCCUGCAGAGUGGCGCUGGAGCAUUCCUCAGAUCAACGACGGGGAUUGGCAUUACUACGCCGUCAGUGUUGACUUUCCACAUGUGCGACUGUAUAUUGAUGGGAAGUUAUUGAUCCCAGACCAGGCUGACAUGGAAAUAGUUGAUGAUUGGCCUCUCCGCAGAACUGUUAAAGUUCAUUCCACCAAGCUUGUUGUUGGUGCCUGCUGGCAGGGUGCUAAAAACAAAUUUGAGCACUACCUGCAGGGGUUCUUGGCAGGUUUGUCCAUCCUGAAGGGUCAGACAGAAAGUGACCGUGUCAUCCAUUGUCUCAAUAGCUGUAAGGAAAACCUGGACUUCAAGGGAACAAAGUCUCUGCUGACUGGUUCAGCAGUCAGCUACAACAGUGAAAUGACAGAGUUCACCAUUGAAGGUAAAAAUGUAACCAAGGUGCAGAAUCUGGUCAGAGAUAUUGUCUAUCUCAAUGCUCGCCAGUUCCCCACCCCAGGGCGACGCAACAUCGACAUUUCCACCAAUGUCCAUUGUAAUGGUAAGGAAGUAAUUCUACCUGUUGCUGAGACCUACGUGAUGGUAAACCCAGCUCCAAUCCCAUCCAUCUCCCUUUCUGGACCUCACAUUGUCCAGUCUACGGCCUCUCAACUUCUAUCUGGCCAAAGAGUCUUCAAUGGCCUUCGUAUCAGUGUUGACUUCUUGCUCCAUAAUGGACUCUCUCCUGAAGAGGAUGAAGACGAAGACGAGGAAGAAGAAGAUGGCACAAUGCCGUCCAAAAUACAGAAACUACAAGACAAGUUAUCUCGCACAAGGAACCAACAGGAGACCAUGGAAAAGGACAUCCCCCAACAGGACAUUUUACUGGAUACAUGUACAAUCCGUGCUGACCCUCCACUGGACUUUCGCGUAGAACAUCUGAAUCUUCCAGAGAGCACCAUCUCACGUUUCAACAUGCACCUGGAGGGUAGUGAGACCAACAGUGGUCUUGUCAUUACAAAUGCCGAUUCUAAGGAAAACUAUGAGAGAGUGAUACAAGAACUCUAUUACUUCCAUAACAAGGGGAACUCACUCAACAGUCGAAAAUUCAUCCUCAGUUGCUCUUCACAAAGUGGUCGAUUCAUCAGCAAUCAGCUGGAGGUCAAGAUUGUGGCAGUCCACAGUGAGCCAAGGAAAAUUGUCCAUGCCCAUGCACAGGAGAACCGUAUCCAGCAGUUUAAGUUGGAUAGCAGUGUUGGUGGUAAUGUUCCAGUCGGAGUGGCAGCUCAUGCAUCUCCGAAUGUUGGAAUGGUGGCGAUCAUUGUGGUGUGUGUCGGAUUCCUGCUGUUUAUGAUUAUCCUGGGUGUAAUUCGUAUCAGGGCAGCACACAGACGUACUGUGGUACAGGUAGAUGAUAAAAUGAUGGAGAUGGAGUGGGAUAACUCAGCUCUCAACAUAACUGUCAACCCCAUGGAACAGAAGGAGGUAAGAGAAAAGGUGUUCGAAUAUGAAGACGUUCCGAUGAAAUUGCGAGAUGAUUCUGAUAGUGAUGAUGAUAUUGACAGUUACCAUGACGAUUGUGAUAGUUCGGAUGAGGAUGAGGAGGAAGUGGUUGUCAAAAAGGUGAAAGAUCUUGAGUGGGAUGAUUCAACAUUAUCUUUCUGAGGUCACAAGCUUCAAUGCGAUCUGAAAGAAAUCUGAGACAUCACUCACUGGAUAUUUAAAUCAUUGAUGAAUUCUUUUUUUCCGGACAUAAUUGAGACAACUUUGUCACCAUGAAGCAUAAAUAUUUAUUAUGCAUAAUGUAUACACUACAUUUUAAACAUCUGCAAUGCAUAAAUCAUUAAAUUGACGUAUAAUUCAUUCAGUGAAAUUUUCUCUUACCAGUUGAACAAUUUUAUAACAAGAAGUUAUGUAAACUUUCUGUGUUGUCAAAAACUUGUUUAGAAUAUUCUGCAAGGCAUAAAUUGUAUCUUUUUGUACACAUUUUUACAAAACCAUACAAAUUAGUUACAUCGCAAGGAAAUCACUGAAUAAUGGUUUAUAUUAAACAUGCUUUCAGACAUGCUGUAUUUAAAUAGAAGCAUGAAAGCGUUAAAAAGACUGUGAGUAGAAAGAAAAAUGGCAGUUUUAUUUACACUUUCAUCAUAGAUGAAAAAUGUCUCUUAUUAGCUUUAUGGCCAGUUGAAGUGGAGUGUCAUGUGAUUACAAACAUUUCUAGUUACACCUUCAGUAAAUAGUUACAACGAGGAGAGUAGCAAGAUCAUAGGAUUAGUACUUAUCAGGGAUGAGGAAAGAUUGAUAUUCUUUGGUCCAAUAUUUGCUGCUAAAAUAUUUUUAUUUUUAACCAUAUCAAUCCAGUAUUUUUAUUUUAUUUUUCUCAGAAAUUUGUUUUGAAGUAAUGUAUGACAAGUUUAUCAUUUUGAAAGUAUUUUUGCUUUCUGACGUUCUUAAUUUUCUGUUUGUUUUUGUAAUAAUAUGGAAAAUAAAUAAUAUCAGUUUCCUUACUAGACAAAAAAAAAUUAGUUUUUUAGUUGAUUUGCAGCCAAGUUUAUUUUACGCAUUAAUAUUUUUCAUUUAAUAUAAAAUGACAUAUAUAUAUAUAUUAGACUUGUUCAUUCCAUGUAUAUAUGCUGAAGGCUAACCUAGAGAUCAUCUUAGAAAGGCUAGUAACUUGAUUUUGUGUCGGUAUUUUAUUGGGAAUGCUUUGUUUGUUACCAGGGGACACUAGUGCCAUUGUUUACAUAUAUUCCUUGCUUCUAUCCUUCCUUUUGUCGCUAAGUGCUAUAGUAUGAUCAGAGGUAGGCACUGGGGUUUGUUUUAUAUCUACUAGCUAGAUACUUCAUUGCUUUUUUAGAGAAUUUUUUUUUUUAAACUCUAAUGAGAAAAACUCCCAUUUUUAAAUGAAACAUCAUUUGUGUUGUAAUUGUGUGUAGAGACCUGUUUUUGUCCAUUUACAUUGUUUUAUUUCAUUAUUACAACUUAUAAUUAUUGAUUUUCAAUCAAGAAUUUUUUUCUUGUUUUGAAACUGGUUGUGUUUUUACUAAAUUGAUAUCAAACCAUUCAGGAACCUGAUUUUUGAUAAAAAUGUGAUAAUGAAGGUUUUCUUUUUCUUGUUUUAAUUUAUGAACAGCCUACUAACACAUCUUUGUAUAGACUAAAAACUGUAAGUCUUAAUUUUUCAAGUUAUAUAGCAGGGGUUGUACAUUUUUUCUUUGUAAAUAUAGAAAAAGUAUCAUGUAAAAAUAGAUUUAAGACAUAACAUUCCAGGAAUAAUACACAACAGUACGGUGUUAAAAAUAACAUUUAUAUAUUUAUUAUAAUAAAACUGAACAACCUUUUUUUUUUAUCAAAAUAUAUUAACUUGUUGAAGUAAGUUGAACAAAACAGACAUGUUUGAGAUGGAAUGGAAGAUGUUGGUUUGACAUUCAAUACAAUAACUUCACUGAUUGACAGGAUUGUCAGACUUUGUAAAGCACAUAUCGUCUGUAGAUGUAUAUAAACAAAAGUCAUUAUUGUGUUGCAGGUUUUGAAGGUGACUGUGUUGUUUACCCUCGUUUUGUAUACAUAGGAUUACCGCAGUCAGGGUCACCCUGACUGCCAUCAUUGGUAGUUUGUAAUUAUACAAUUGGUUUUGUUUUUUUGGGGGUUCUUUUUACACAAUUUUUUGUGAUAAAACUGUUAACAUUCUUUGUUGUGAGCUUAUGUUUACAUCAUUGCAUUACGCAUUUACUACCAACGUAAGUUGCUGUGACUUAAUUCCUAUGUAGGUCGCUGUGACCUGUGUGAGAUACUUUGGUUGUGUACUUUACACAGAAGAUCCUGACGGUUUCACGGGUGUCUACACCCUGUUUUAUAAUUCCUCAGUACAUUGUUAGUGAUUUGUUAUCUUGUUGAUUUAUCAUUUUCCAAUAUGUGUGUAAAAUUACGGCAAGGACUUGUAAGAGUUCCAUAAAAUUUUUAACCAAUCAUAUUUGAUGCUUCCAUUGGUUCACUAUCCUGUGUGUAAUGCAUUUCAGAUCUGUGAAAUUAAUUUCUGGAAUUUAUUAAUAAUGUUCUUUCUUUCAAAAUUAUUUGAUAGCUGGUUUUAUGGAAGUGAAAUGAAGAACAAUAAGUAAAUCUGCAGGUCAGUUCAAACUCCAAAGUCCAACUUCACACAAUUUGUCUGAACUUUGUAAUAUGUCAACCUUGACCUUUGUGAUGUAUUGAUCUUGACCUUUGUGAUACAAUGUAAAAUCAACUUAGGAUAUUGUACACGUACAGAGUUUAGCAGUAAUCUUAUUUUAGUACUUUUCACGCUGAAAGUAUUGUGCUUAAAUAUUUUGCGCUAAUUUUUCGCUUCUGUAUUAUAAUAUCGUUUAUAUAGUGCAAUUAUUACCGAUGCGCGAAUUCGUCAUUGCGCUCAUUUGCUGAAAAUGUGGUUAUGUGCUAAGAUUUGAUUGUGCUAAAUUAAGUACGGUUACAGUAUAGAAACAUGACUGAAUGUUGUAAGCAUUGUACAUACCAUUAAUCAUUGUUGUAAGCAUCAACAUUUUAUAUAUAUAUUGCCGGUUUUCCUUCUUUUCUUCUGCUCCUGAAUGAGUACCAUAUAUAUAUAUGUACCUGAAAGAUCUUCUCUCUGUGAGCGAGAAUUUUCAUUUAUCAUGUACUUUUAACCAUAACUUACAAAAAACACUGUAUACUUCAUCAUCUGAACAAACUUCUUAAAUUUCUAGGAGUCCUAUUUUGAAAACCAUUCACAGUCAGUGAAACAGAAACCUUUAAUAAAAAAACAGAUCAACAACCUUUACUUUCAGUCUGAUGUAAUGUUUUACAGAAAAGUUAAUCAAGUUCAGAAAAAUAUUUGAUUUUAUGAUGAGCCAAAGAUGGUGAGGUAUAUUGUGAUUUGAAGAAAUCAGGAACAGUUUGUCUUUUUCAUACUUAUAUUUACCCAUUUAUCAAAAGACACACUGACUCUUCAUCUGAUUUUUAACAAAACCUUGAAAUGUCUUCAUUAGUUUUGUAAAAAAUCAAGCAAGGAAGGUGACCUUAGGAUCAAGGGAUACAUUUCUCAUACCUUUUCUGCAACCAGUUGUCUCGUGCUUCAUAUUCUUUCAGUUUGUUAACAGGUAAUAUGGCAAAGAAAAUAAAUAUGGCAAUAAAAUGCAGAAAAGAUGGAAUAUUUCUGAUCGAAGGUUGUCUUCCUCCAGAUAAUGAAGGGUUCUCUAGUAACAGUAUAUAAUAAGGCAGAGUUGACAUUUUCUCUGGUAAAACAGUAGGAUACAACAUCUAAAGGACUCCAGGCUACAGCAUCAGGCAUUGAAAUAACGUUGGGAUAAUAUCACCAACAAAGAAAAAAUUAGUGUAUGUUCAAUUUGGAAUAAUGUAAAAAUCAGCCAUUUGUUUAAAGAAAGAGUUGCAAACAUUAUAUAAUCAAAAGGUCUGUCUUUGAUCAGAAGGACAAAAUCCCCACCGAACCCGAAUUUCACAGCGAGAGUUGAAAACUGCUACAUAAAACACUCUAGAAUCAAGAAUCAAAGUGACAGGAGACCUAAGUUAACACAAAUAGCUGACUUUUUCAUUUAUUAUUCUAGAACAUCCAUUAUCAGCUGUUUCUUGUAAGUCUUCCUGUAAUAAAACUUUUAAAACUUUAA